GUUUCAAUAAAAAUUUCUGAGGCUAACUUCAGAGUGUCAGAGUGUCAUCUCUAUAUUACAUACAUGUGAUAUCAUCUCGUACUCUCUCGUCAUCCCGUAGUAUUGGGAAAUAGUAUUUAGAAAUAGUUAUUAGUAAAGUGAUAUGAUUAGUUUUUAACGAGUUUUCGGUGCACAUGGUGCAACGGGUGUUGUGAAUACGAAAACAAUUUUUCAAUUUACAGGUUAAACGAGAAGUGUUUUAUUGUGGUAUUAAAGUGAUGAGAUUUCCUCCGUGAAUCACUCCUUAUCGCUGUUUCAUAAUAACUUAUCAAAUCAUUUAUUGAUAUGCACUUCUGUUACAAUUCUAUUUCUAAACAUACCAAUUGUGUGUUUUGCUAUUGUGAUAUACACUGCUUUUGAUUUGGCAAGUGAUCUUCAGGCAGUCAUUCUAUUUAUGUCGAGUCUACAGAAAAUCCUGAAAAAUUAAACUUUAAGAAAUGAAUAGCUCAUUUACGGAACAACCAGAAUCUUCUAUGGAUGGUCGUUGGGAUGCAAUGCAAACAAUGAUGUCGGUAGAACAGCAAGAUGUUCCUAUUCAAAUGGACGGUAAUGCGACAGAAGCAAAAGUUGACAGGGGCAAAACUAUUGACUUUGUUCUUGCAUAUAUGGACAAUGAUAAUUUAAAUAAUGCUGAGAGACGUGAAAUAUUUGAAAAAGACUUAAGGGACCAAGGAUUGGAUCUUGAAUAUGAACAAAAUCGAAAUCUUUGUUUCAUCAAAAUUCAUGCUCCACAGGAAGUAUUAUGCAGAUACUGUGAAAUAAUGAAAUUAAGGAUGCCAAUAAAGCCUCUGGCCAAUGAAGAUCUCAACGAAAGCACGAAAGAUCUUUUCGACGACGCUCGUUCGUGGAUCGCCAAUUUGUUCAGCUUUAUUCAAUUAGAUCCAAUGAAGUUUCCUAAAAGGCAAUAUCGAUUGGCCUCUGAAUAUUCAAGGGAUAAAGAUUACUUGUUUGACAUUGAGAAUGAGAAUUUUUUUACUACGAACGUACGUGUGAUGAUUGUGGAUUUUAUUUUGGAACGACAAUCGGCUGGUAUUCAACGACUGAUCGCCGAUGGUGUUUAUUCAGCGGCAUAUCCACUGCACGAUGGAAAUUACAAACAACCCGGGAGCACGAGAGCUUUGCUUUACGAGGAAUGGGGCUCGACGAGUAAAUGGUUAAAGCUUCAGCCCCUGGAUACCAUUCAGGAAUAUUUUGGCGUGAAUUUCGCUAUAUAUUUCGCGUGGCUAGGAUUCUACACGUACAUGCUAAUACCAGCGAGCAUAGCUGGAAUUAUUUGCAUUUUAUAUGGUUGGAUAACCUUGGGCUCAAAUAGUCUCGCUGCAGACGCUUGUAGCACUUGGGCAGACGAUGUUAUAAUGUGCCCUCAGUGCGAUAAGAAUUGCGAUUAUUGGCGACUGAACGAAACGUGUAUGAUGGCACGAGCGACACAUUUGUUCGACAAUUCAGCGACAACGUUGUUUGCGGUAUUCAUGGCAUUCUGGUCAGCGUUGUAUUUGGAAUUGUGGCGUCGUCGUUCCGAAGAAUUGAGUUAUCACUGGGGCUUAGUUAGUUGGGAUUUGACGGCGGAACAUCCGAGGCCACAGUACUUGGCACUGAUAGAAAAAUCGAAGAAAAUAUUAAAUGUAAAAGAGAAAAUGAACGCGGUUACCCGUGAGAAAGAACCGCAUGUUAGUUUUUGGAAAGUUCGAGUACCCGCGACGUGUUUGAGCUUUUCGGUGGUUCUUCUACUCGCGUUAGUCGCAUGCGCCGCGGUUUUCGCGGUGGUACUUUAUCGGAUGUCGAUGAUAACGUCGAACAGACUUUUCGGUCAUGACUUGGAGUCAACGAGUUACAAAACUUUUGCAUUGCCCAGUAUCGCUGCUGGGAUUAAUCUCGCUUGCAUUCUCGUGCUCAAUUACGUUUACGAUUGGGUUGCGGUUUAUCUCACGGAAUUGGAGAUGCUUCGUACUCAAGCGGAAUUCGACGAUAGUCUUACCCUCAAAAUUUAUCUCUUUCAAUUUAUCAAUUAUUACGCUUCUAUAUUUUAUGUCGCUUUUCUCAAAGGCAAAUUCGUUGGAUAUCCUAAAAAAUACAAUAGAAUUAUGGGCUACAGACAAGAAGAAUGUUCGCCGGGUGGUUGUCUCAUGGAACUUUGCAUUCAAUUGGCCAUUAUAAUGGUCGGCAAACAAGCCCUCUACACCGCGAUGGAAAUGAUUUGGCCCAUUUUGUUCAAAUGGUGGGCUCUUUUUCGUAUUCAUACCGGCAUCAAACAAAAAGAUCCCAUAGCUCCUCGGAGCCAAUGGAUUCGAGAUUUGAAACUUCUUGUUUGGGGCCCACGCGGAUUGUACGACGAAUAUCUUGAAAUGGUCAUACAGUUUGGUUUCAUUACACUCUUCGUCGUUGCUUUCCCUCUCGCUCCGCUCUUCGCACUUGCCAACAAUGUUCUUGAGAUGAGGCUCGAUGCUACGAAAUUUCUGCGUCAUUAUCGGCGACCUGUGCCAAGGAGAGCUCGGGAUAUCGGCGUUUGGAAACAGAUUUUAGAAGCUCUCGCCCGAAUUUCCGUCACAACUAACGCAUUUAUAAUAGCAUUUUCAUCAAACUUGAUACCGCGCUUGGUAUACAUGAGUGCGGAAAGCAUGAACAAGACUGACGAGGGUUUCCUGAACAACAGUCUGGCGUAUUUCAACACUGCAGAUUUUUUUAAUGGGACUGAGCCCGAAAGAACGAUUUUUUCAAACGUGACGUCAUGCAGAUACGCAGAAUACAGAAAUCCUCCUGAUCAUCCGACUCUUCCAUACAAGAGGCCGACUCUGUACUGGCAUAUUUUAGCAGCAAGAUUGGCCUUCGUAGUUGUUUUCCAAAAUGUCGUCGGCCUUGUUACGAUGGCAGUGCAAUGGUGUCUGUCCGGUGUGCCACGAAAAUUGAGCGAUCGUAUCAAGCGCGAAGCUUUCCUUACGGAAGCAAUAAUUAUAAGACGAGAGGCGGAAAGAGCUCGGGAAAGAUCACGUUCCACGAGCCGUUUCGCAAGCACCGUCGAUGAUCAAAUACGCAAAAGAAAAAAUAACUCGAAUGACGAGGUUACCGUUGUGUAAGUUUUCAUCUUCCUCUUUUUUUUUUUUAUUUUUUUUUUUUUAUUAAUUUCGCUAGUUCCUGUAGCGCGUGGUUCGAUCGAACUACUCUUAAUGAUGGCAUUGGCGUUUGAGUCGUUCGAGUGUGAUGAUUAUUCUUGCUUGAACUGUUUCCGUCAAGCUGUUUCAACGUUACUUCAGAUUUUUCUAUGGAGCUUGUAUGCAAAUUUCCCAUCCGAGAGUCACAAGAAAUUUCGUACAAUACUCAAUGGCUCUAGUAGCAAAAAAAAAUGUUGUGAAAAAAGGAUAAAAAAACGAAUUUCUUUGCAUUCGAACGGUGUUAAUUGUACAUAAAUACCGCACAAAACCUCUUAGUGCUUCGGAAUCUCUAGAAAAUAUAUUUCAAGAUUUUAUAUUAUUUAUAUACAGCUAUAUGUAUUCUCUUACAUAUUCUUGUUGAUUACGUGUAUACAAAUUUUUAUAUGAUAUUACAGUCGAACUUUGUGCGUGAGUGCACUUUAAACAGAGAGGA